CCGGACGACACGCAAAAGUUUACUUUACCGGGGCAGCUGAUAAGGAGCGUUUGUACCUGCGGUAGACAUUUUCGCAGUCGAACAAGUCCGUCGACCCUUUUGGAUUUUUGAACAUAAAGACUUGUGUAUGAUUCUUAGUAGGCUCUGAGGUGAUGGAUGAAACUCGAAAACUUCUGGUCGAGACAAGAGUGAAGGACUUGGGGGCGCUUACCAGUUCAAACCUGGUUCAGUUGCUCGAUACAAGCACAGUUGGGCAAGCACUUCAGGUUCUAGCCGAAAAUCGAAUUCUAUCUGCGCCUGUAAUUGCGCCCGGUGACGAUGGUGUUGCGGAGGGCGUCGUAUGGCCAGCACAGCUGCCGAAUUCAGACAUUAUGGGGUUUGUUUGUGUCAACGACAUCCUAACAAGCUUCCUGGAAUGCUACUCACGGGAAUUUGGCGGUGUCGACUACGUCAACAACCGUGUUAACGGUCAUCACGCCAACGGUCGCAGCGUCACGGCAAACGGCCAUCACGCUGCCGCUGCCGCCGCCGCCGCUAACGCAGGGUGUGCGACCCCUGCCGCCGCCGCCGCCGCCGCCGCCGCCACUAGCUCUAGUGGUGGCGGCGGCUGCAUGCUGGCCCGCAUGCGGAUGUUGGAGGCGAUGGGUCAGCGGUUCGCCGAACAACAGCUACGACAUCUCUCCUGUAAGGGUAUUGAUGGGGACUUCCUCCACAGCCGCCACGCGGGGGAGGCCACCCUCCUGGAGCUGGCCAUGUACGGCUUUCUGGAUCCAAAACGAAGAGGCAUGCACGAGGGCGAGCAACAGUCUCGGGUGGUCCACAGAGUGGCCCUGUUCGACAGCAGCGGCCGCAUCACCGCCAUUAUUUCGCAGUCGGACAUUUGCCGCUUCCUGGCGGCCCGACUGCACGUGUUGGGGCCUCUGGGGGCCGCCACGGUGGCGGAGCUCGGGUGGGGCAGCAAGCAGGUGGUGAGCUGCACACCGGAGACCCCCGCACUGGAGGCCAUGAGGAUGAUGGUGGAGGAGGGAGUCAGUUCGCUGGCAGUGGUGGCGGCGUCCGGAUCUGGAUCUGGAACUGGACUGGCGCCGGAACCGGCAUCUGCAUCAGCGGCAUCACCAGCGGCGGCACCCGCCAUGCUGGGUUGUCGGCCCGCUGCUGGUGGAGGAGGAGGAGGGGGAGGAGGUCGGCUGCUCGGGAACUUUAGUGCGAGCGAGAUGCGGACCAUGACUGCCGAGCACUUCGGCGCUCUGGCCCUCCCAGUCGGGGAGUUCCUGGCGCUGGAGAACGAGACCGAGUACGUGGCGGUGAAUAGAGAGCGGCUUCUCUCCGAGGAGGGUUUGCUGGGGUCCCCCGCGCACGACUUCGUUCGGGAGCGGGUGCGGCGGGUGCGGCCCCACAGCCCCGGGGAGGAGGUGGGGCAGCGGCUGGUGGUGGCCACCCGGGACAACACAUUUGCGGAGGUCGUUGGGCUGCUUGUACGGCACCGCAUACACCGUGUGUACAUCGUGGACGAGCGGGAGGUACCGGUGGGCAUCGUCACGUGCACGGACAUACUGCGGAAGCAGCAGCAGCCUCAGCACCGGCAGCAGGAAAGGGAGCAGCAGCGCAUGGAUUGGGAUAUUCGGUAG